AUGCUCGGACGAAGCUCAGGAAUUGCAGCAAGGUCCGCCAGACAGCGACUGCAACCCAACGCUCGCUUUAUCAACUCUCGCUUCCAAUCCACCGCAUCUAAUGCGGCUUCCACUAGUGGCAAUCCCGCCUUGAUUGGCGGUCUUGCUGGUGGAGCUGCCGCCUUCCUUGCGGGAUACACCUGGUACCACUUCUCUGGAACCAAGACACUCGUCAACACCGGCAAGCAGACACAAGCAUACAUCGACCAGGCCAAGCGGACAGUCACUGAAAAGACACCUGAGCCAAACGAGGCAUUUGUCUGGUUAAAGGAUACGAUCAAAGGCUAUGCUGUCUUCAUCCCUGGCGCGCGCGGCUACGUGGACACCGCCUUUGAUGACCUCGAGAAGAUCAGAAACGAUCAUGGAAAGCAAUUUGAUCAAGUGGUCAAAAAUGCAUAUACCGAGCUGAAGGAUAUCUCGAAGAAAGAAGCAUUGAGCAUAGACUCUGCGUCCAAGGCUUUGAACGUGCUACAAAAAUAUCUCAAGCAAUUGUUCGAGCUUGCCGGCGACGCCACGGAGAAUGUUCUCAACAAUCACCCCGGACUCAAGGAGAAGGUCGGUGGUAGUUUCGAUCAACUGAAGGAGAUGGGCGACGCUCAUGGGCCCCAAGCGAAGGAAGAGUUAACUCGGACCUGGCAACAAAUCUCCAGCAUUUUGCAGCGCGGCACAAAUGGCGAGUCAGUUGAAGAGAUCAAAAACUUGAUCCAAGAGCAGAAGUCAAAGUUUGAAAAGCUAGGGGAGGAGGCAUGGCAGAAGGGUUUCGAGGAGGCCCAGCAGUACCUUGAUAAAUACCCAAAGCUCAAGCAAAUGGUUGAAGACAACGCCGAUACCUUGAAAAAGGGCAACCCUAAAGAUCUGUGGGGUCUUGUCAAGGACAGCGCUUCUUCGGGUAAGACGGAGGAUGUGGAGAAGUACAUCACGGACAAGGUUGGACAAGCGAAGACAAGCGGCUUGGGUGACCUGGACAAGUGGCUCAAGAUGGUACCUGGUGGGUCCAGCGUCAUCCCUCAAUUGCAGUCACUACAGGCUAUCGCGCAAAAGAGGGGAAGUGAGGCAGAAGACCUGUUGAAAGAGACCGUUGAGGAAAUUCAGAAUGUGCUCAAAAAACGAGAGGCACAGUUGGUGAAGAUUGCCGAAGAAACAGAAGAGAGCAAAUAA